AUGGAACAUCACAAUGUUAGUAAAAUUACUGAGAUACUGCUUUUAGGAUUUAAGAAUUUACACAGGUUAAAUUCUCUGUUUUUUCUUCUGUUCCUGACCAUAUACUCUGUGACUGUAUGUGGAAACCUCCUCAUCAUUCUGGUGGUGUCCUACAGCAGAUCUCUCCACGCUCCCAUGUAUUUCUUCCUCACACAGCUCUCCUUGUCAGAUAUCCUGCUCACCACCACCAUUGUGCCCAACACUCUCCGUAUCAUGUUGUAUGAAGGAAGUUCUGUGCCUCUUAAGGACUGUUUGAUACAAUUUUAUUGUUUUGCAGCUUCUGAAGCAUCUGAAUGUCUUCUCCUGGCCGUGAUGUCCUAUGACCGGUAUCAGGCCAUUUGUUAUCCUUUACAUUAUACCUCAGUCAUGGACCUAUCAUUUUGUACAAAGGCCAUUCUAUUGUGCUGGUGGGUGAUUUUUGCUAUGGAGUUGAUGCUUGUAUUAACAAUGGGACAUUUGGAUUUCUGUGGACCAAACAUCAUUGACCAUUUCUUCUGUGACUUAGAACCUUUAUUGGAGCUUUCUUGUUCAGACACUUUUAUAAUAAAAAUGGAGACUUUGUUUUUGGUUAUUGUUCUUGCCAUCUGCCCAGUUACAGUGAUUAUAGUUUCAUACGUCUACAUUAUUAUCACUGUGCUAAAGAUCCCCUCUGUGACCGGAAGGCAGAAGACUUUCUCCACCUGUAGCGCCCAUCUGACUGUUGUGUCUUUAUUCUACGGGUCAAUUAUUACCAUCUAUGUAUUUCCACGUCAACAAAAUGCAAAGACAUAUCUAUCACUGUUCUACACUGUAGUAACUCCACUACUUAAUCCUAUGAUUUACAGUCUCAGUAACAGAGAUAUUAAGCAGGCUCUUAAAAGGCUCUUCAAAAACAUCCCCCAAUCCCUUACUUUCUAA